AUGCCUUCCUCUUACCCACUGUCAUUCCUGCGUCCUCUGUACGAUAUUGCUGUGUGGCAAUUUAUUUUGAUGAGUGGCUAAAAGGCAAUUUCAGGAAGGGAAUCACCCCGUAACACGCACAUAAAGUUCACUUGAAAAAUGCACGUGGUCGUGGCUAAUUUUUUAUACGGAGCUUAAGCAACCACGACGACUACCGGGACGACGACGACCGGAAGUAGGAUGAACGUUAGUGCGCAAGCGCGGCCCAAACAUUUCGUCGUCGUGCCAGCGUCGACGACGUCAGAAAGAGUUGUUUCACGUCGUCGUGAACGUGGGAAGAAACUUGAGUUGAAUUGAGCACUAAAAGGUACGAACUUACUACCAUUUGCCAAAUUUGAUAACUGGUUGGAGUUUUUAUUGUCUUGUGCCGUUGUUUUAAGCUCUUAUGUCCGGGUCAAUUAUCACAAACGGCUUAUUUUAAGUUUUCCUUUUUUGCACAGAUGGCGGCAAGUGUGAAAACUGGAGAGAAAGCAAACACGUAAGCAAUUUAUUGACGGAAUUUAGUGAAAGAAUGCUGAUUGUGAUUAUUUUUGAAUGAAAAGUUUUAGAUAGCAUUACUAUAUACCUGUGAAUUCGGGUGCAAGAAAAUAUAAAGUAGGUAACUUGUAGAUUCGAUCUUUUACUUAAUUAAAAGCGUCGAGGGUUUUCAUCAGAUUGCGUGUUUACAUUACUCAAGCCUUUUUCCCUCUCUGGUUUUGUAACUUUAUUUUCGAAAUAUUUCACUAACUAUCCGGCUAAAAAAAGAUUCCCUUGAAGAGAAAAUAAUCUUAAAGGUUCGGCAUUCUAGGCUGACCACCGAUUGUUUGUAAAUGUAUUGCUGUCGUUUUGCUUGCGUGAAGUAGAAAGCAACCUUAUUCAAACCUGAAUCCUGCAUUUAUCUGGUGCAACAUCAGGUUUGUUUAUGAGUUACACCCCGUAAUGUUAAAUGGGAAAUAAUCUCCGCAAAAUCUAGUGUUCUUAAUAUUUAUGGCGGGUAAAAGAAAUGUGAAAUAAUCUCCUCAAAGUCUAGUAUUCUAAAUAUUUACAGCGGAAAUUAAAAAUUCACGUAUCGCCGUGAAAGAACUCGCAGAACAAAUUGCAAAUGUAGGAGGUCGGAAAUAAAAUAAUUUGCAUUGCUUUCGAUCUUUUUAUUGCGGUAAAUUUUCCCUUAAAAUUUAGCUCUUUUAACAGCAAAGUAAUAUGAAAAGAUUUUAUACUAUCAAAUAGUGGAUUAAUUAAAUUUUUAUUUAGCACAAUCACUCACAAAUCCCUUUCUUAUCUACUUUGGCAGAAAUCCAAAUUUCGUGUGGAGUAAUGACCACGAUACCGUUAUGUGUCGAGAGGUUCUUCAGAUCGAGCCCUACCAAUUUAAAAUCAGAAGUCCAGAAAGGGGGCAGGCCUGGGAAUCUUUGGCAGAAAAGUUAAACGAAAAUUCAUGUCCAAAGUUCCGGGUGAAUGCAAGGUCCGUACGAGACCGCUACAACCUCCUUACCAAGAAAAUGGCUGCAAAACUAAAGAGUGAAGAGAAAGCUAGCGGCAUUCAAGUUGAAACUUCAGAGCUUGAUGACCUCUUAGAAGAAAUCCUUGAGAAGGAAAAAGCUGCUAAAGAAAAGUUGGAGAGUGACAACCAGAAUGACAAGGCAGCAGCCGAAGACAUGCGAAAGAAGGCUCUAGAACGUAUGGGGCAAACUGCGAAAAGAAAAAAGGAAAGUGAUGACUCAGUACCAAAGAAUCUGAAGAAGAAAAGUCGAAGGAGCACAUCAGAUGCUGUGGAAUAUUUAAAAGAAAGGGCGGAUAAAGAGAUUGGUUUGAAAGAACAAGAACUGGAAUUAAGGAAGAAAGAGCAGGAGAACAUAAAAGAAAGGGAGAGGGAAAAGAACCAGAAUCAAGAAAACCUGAUCUCCGCCAUGGUCAAACAACAGCAGCAGCAACAGCAAAUGAUGAUGAUGAUGAUUAAUCAACAGCAGCAACAGUCACAGGCAUUUUUAGCUUUUAUGCAAAAAUAUGUUCCAAAGUAACUUUUUCACAAGUUUGUUUGAUGAACAUUAUUGUUGAGUUAAAGUUGUGCAUCCCUCCCUUGAUAUUUUCAAAUCUUUUGUUAAUAACAUUUGUUCUAAAGAUGAUAUAUUUAUUUCAUCACAAACAUUUUCAAACUUAUUGCGAUUAUAAACUUUACAAUAUUUAUAAAGUGCUGAAGACUAUUGUUAUGAGCUCUCCUUUUGAUUUGAGAGCAAAUAAACAGUAAACAAAUGAAAAUCUCAUGAGAAAUACUCUUCCAGUGUUGGUGGGUCAAGAUCAAAAAAGGUGGCCGUUUCAUUGCCAUAAAGACAGGUAAGGGCAUUCUGGAGAAGAGCAGAAACGAUAUGCAUUUUGCCAAUGCUACUCAGCCCAAUUUUUAAAUUUUUCUUGAAGUCCAAGAACUUAAAGUAGUUUAUUAUGUCCCCAAAUAGCCAUUCAACAGAAGAUCUUACAGCACUCAUUGCAGUAUUGUAAGCCUUCAUUUGAUCGGUUAAAACUCCAAAUCGGAACGGACCCUGAAGAUGGACUCUAAGUGGGUACGCGGGAUCUCCAUACAGGCACGUUGGUUGGCCACCAUGGUCAAAGGCGUACUGCUGUAGGUCUCGCAACAGUCCCGAAUCUGCAAGCAUUGAUGCAUCAUGCUUUCUGCCUUCUGAAACAAGCGAAGGAUACAAAAAAGUUACAAAAAGUAAUUCAUUACUAUUUUAAAAGACAUUUUUUUUAAUUUGAAAUCGCAAUAACGAAAAUAUAGCUACAUAGUUCACCUACGGGACCAUACGUGUUUCCAAUUAAGCCAUUUGGUAACACAAAAGACUGAAACUUAGCAUGGACCCUCUUAUGUCCAUUGUAUAGUAUACGCUGAUUGUCUCCUGGUCGAGCGAUUGGCCUUACAGUGCCAUCGAUGAAGCCAAAGCAGUUGUGUAAAGGUGAGCCUCUUGCCGUAAUGGCUGCUGCGUACGUCUCAAGGUGGUCGGGAUCCAAGAUCUCAGGAUUCCAAUGGGUCAAUCGUCGGCCAUGGACAUCAAAUAUGUAGUCGAUCAAAUUAUUUGUAACCAUGCAGAUGACAGGGACUGGCUUGGCAAAUCUAUGAAUCAUGUCCCCGUAUCUGCAAGGGUAGCUUAACCGUCUCAAAAGCAUAAAUAAGCCCUCCACACCGCCACAAGUCGACCUCUGGUCACAUCGUAAGGUCUGAGGAAUUUGCAGAACAUCGGCAAGUCGGUACACAUCUCUUUUCUUGAAACGAAAUUCAGCGAGGCACUCUGACUCGACCAUCUCAUCUAAGUCGAAUUCCGCUUAAGAUUCGUAAGGAAAAUCCGGAUUUCUGGGCUCGAAUAUGUCAUAUAGAAUCAAAAGUUCCAUAUCAUCAAUAAAAUUAAAUCCAUGACUGAGAAGACAUAGAUUCUGAACGUCUCUAAACGAUGUCAUUUCUUGACAAAUGCGAGGCUGCACGAAUAUAUCGAACGUUGUCGUCCUUGAGCAACUUCGCUGCUUAAGUUUCAUUUUCCCACCUAAAACGAAGUCCUCGGUCCAGUCUCUACGCGCAUACCUGCCGUCGUCGUCCCCUAGGUCGUCGUGGUUGCUUAAGCUCCCUUAUGUAAACUGUUAGAGGUACGUGCCUUCGAUCAUUUGCAAUCACAGCUGCUUGGUGAAGAAGUAAAAUCGGCGACUGGAAAUUGGGAAGUUGGACAAAUAGCAACAACCAAACUGGUCGAAUGGUGUCAGGAUCAGUGGCGGAGAAAGGAUCCCCGUCUUCCUGGGAGCAAUGCAGCUUACUCCGAAAACGAGCCGUUAACCAUACCAUGGUUCGAUAACAUCCCCGUGUGUCAUCGGUGCGGGGCGCCAUGCCCAAGCUGCAGAAAUGAACUCGCUUCUGAAUUACCCUCUGAGAUGUCCACAGCCCGGGCUAUUUUGAACUUUGAUGACAUCCACGAGAACAACCAAAACGCGCGUGAUAAUGAGAAUGCUGACAAGAACGAUGACGAACGUGGUAAUGAGCAAGGUGGUAACGCACCCAUGGAACCGAAUACUGCCCUGCAAGUGCUCAGAUGCGAAUGCAGUUGAGAUCAAGGAAAAGGAAGCAUAAUGCCUCCAACUAAGUUGGUUCAAACAGUUCAUGUUAUAUUUCGAUGAAAACACGUUCAAACGCUUUUUUUACGUUAAAAUGCUAUGCGAAUCAAAAAGGUGAUUUUUCUGUUCGACAUUAAAAUGUGCGCAGUGGGUUCUUGUUCCUGAGAUGCGUCGCACGUAUAAAAAAAGAAAGGGAUUGCUUGCAGCCCAGCAUUGCAUAUUCUUAUUAUUUCAUUCAGUUUAUUGCUAUUUGCUCAAGUGGUCCUUACAUUGUUAAAGUUAAGCAAAAGAUCAUUGGGAUCUUCAUUUGAGGCUUUGCAGAAAAUACAGCGUCCGUUUUAAGACCUUGUAUCCAAGCUAGUGAAACGUUGUUUAAAUCGACAAAGUUUUACAAGUUUAGGUACUUCAAUAAUCAUAAGUGGUGUUUAGCUACGCAUUAACUACCAGAGGAUAAUCGUUCAGUCUAGAAAUGUGUCAAAAGUUAUAUAACCCAGAAGCACUUAAGAUAAUAGGUGUUGAAAUAAUUAUUUCACCAAAAAAGUUAUAUGACGUCUGAAGUUCCGUCACGGCUGCUUUCUAUCACUCGUAACGCUUUAACGGUUUGAUAUUGUCAAGAAAGUUUGAAAUCGGCCAGCCAAGAACUAAGAUUUCAACCUAUUUCGUACUAUUAACAUUUUUUUUUAUAAGUGACUAAUUCUUGUUCAUCCUUGAGUGUUUUAUGAAGAAAUCACUCGAGCGAUGCAUUUAAAGCUAACAAAAAAUCGCUCCGGUUCCGGAAGUCAAACUUCCAUUCAGGUAACUUAUCAGGAUAUAGAUUAAUGUUGUCUUUUGUUUCGUGACCAAUCAGAAGAAAGUCCAGAUCCUGGACUUUUUACCAUGUUAAAAGACGAGUGAAGAAGCUUUUCUUUCUUUCUCACCCCUCCCGCCGCGAGGAGAGAACGGGGCAUCGUAGGUUACUACUGACCAACAUGGGCUAGCCUUUUAAUCGUGUUCAACGAUGUCGAAUUUUCGGAAGUUUUGUCUUCCUCGACUUCUUACAAGGAAGCCUGAUCCCUCGUAAUGACGGGAUAGCGCAGUUUGACUGCAACAAACCGCUACCUAAAGAUCGUAUUGGCCACGGGUCAUUUGGCGAUGUUUACACUACCGACUACCAGGCGCCAGGAACGACAACUUCAGAGACGGUUGUCAUUAAAAAAAUGUUAAAUGUCCUGGAUCCGGAGGAAAACAAACUUUUCUCGAAAGAAGUGGCUCUAUUAAAUGGCCUUGAUCAUCGCAUUGUUGUCAAAGUCAUGAAAGUUUCCCAACCACCUCAAGAUGAAAAAUACGAAAUCGAUCGUGCUACAGUUUGGUACGAUUUAGAGAAAGUUUACCGGGGUUUCACCAACUUUGACCGAAACAAAAGGGAAUUUAGGUUGUCCCUGCAAGAAGCAGGCCAGACUUUAAGAAGGCGACAUGAAAGGUCAACGGAUGUGCAGGUCGUUAACCUCAAGGUAAGCCAAGCAACUGCCCUUGAAGAGUUUGAUGCAAGGGUAGCUGCUGGGAUGGAGGAAAGUUUCAAGCUCAAAGAAUCAGUGACAUCACCAUCGAAUGACGGGACAAACGCGUGUGCUUUUCUCUCGGUUGGAGUUGUAGAAAGCAUCUUACACGACACCGAAACAGAGGCUUUUUUCGAAAAUUUACUGAAAGCUGCGGAGGUUACCAUUCUGUAUUUACCGGAGGAAAUCAACGAGCACCGCGACAUGGGAAAGACUUACGACAUACUAGAGGCAUAUGAAAUUCUUCGUCGACAACAGAUUAUUAAAUAA